CUCUCUCUCUCUCGCUCUCUUUCUCUUUCUCUCUCUCUCUCUCUCUUCUUCACGAAAAAGAAAUCAAGCCAAGUCGAUAAUCUAUCUGUUGUCUCCUUAGCUUUCUGCAUUUCUGGAGUCUUCAUUUGAAGAACAUAUAACAUCAAAUGGAGAAACAAGUUCUUGAUUACGCGUUGGUACCAGUGGGCCUCCUCAUAAUGCUGGCUUAUCACAUAUGGCUUCUCUAUCAGAUCGUGAAGCGCCCAACUAGGACCGUAAUCGGCAUCAACGCCAUCAACCGCCGCUUCUGGGUUCGUGCUAUGAUGGAGGAUGCGUCCAAGAAUGGGAUUCUGGCGGUACAGACACUGAGAAACAACAUAAUGGCAUCAACCCUUUUGGCAUCCACGGCCAUAACGCUCAGCUCCGUCAUCGCCGUCUUGAUGGGCAGCUGUGGUGGCAGUCGCUCCAUAGCCCUUGUCUACGGUGACAGAAGUGACCUUGGAUUCUCCAUAAAGUUUUUCUCUAUUCUGGUAUGCUUCUUGGUGGCAUUCCUAUUGAACGUGCAAUCUAUUAGGUACUUCAGCCAUUCUAGCAUCCUCAUCAAUGUCCCAUACAAAACAAUUUCGUCAAAUUGUCAUGAUCAUUAUCAGAACUAUUGCGUCUCGGCUGAGUAUGUGGGGAGGAUAGUAAAUAAGGGGAGUUAUUUUUGGUCUUUAGGCCUGCGUGCAUUCUACUUUUCUUUCCCUCUGUUUCUGUGGAUUUUUGGACCUAUUCCCAUGUUCUUGUGCUGCCUUGUCAUGGUUUUCUUGCUCUAUUUUCUGGACGUUAUCUUUGACUUUGGCUCCGUUGAUGAGGCUUCUGAUCACGACGACAACCCCCAUGACCACCAGGACGAGGAGGCUAAUUGAGGAGAAAUUUAUGAUUAUUGUAAUACUCGAUGGAAUAGGAGAGAGAAAUUCGGAUUCAAUCCAAGUUGAAUCGUAUGGUUUACUUCUCUUAUCUUAACAGAGGA